UAGGGAAAGCAAGCCAGGUUCUUUGCUGAAAGCCUGUGUUUCUGCCAUUGAAGAUGUGUUAACUUACAUGGAAGGCAUGCAUUCCACAGGUACAAGCAAUCCACAGUAUAUAGUUCUUCAUGAGGCUUUACGUGCAUGGACUGGAGAUCUCCCUCGGUUGCUUAUCCAGCUUGGAGACAAUCACCCAGCCUGCUCCCAGGCUUUGGUACGUCUUCUACAUCGUAUUGGACAGCGUGCUUGGAAUCCAACACUUGUUUGCAUGUAUAACAUCAUGCAGCAGUCAUUGCAAGAUUUUUACUGUACAUAUCAAGAGGGAGGACCGAUAUGUUUUGGUCCUUUUCUCAGGCUUCCUAGAGAAUCUCAAGUUCUCGCUUUAUGUUCCAUUUACUAUUUCUCUCAUUUGGACCUGCCUAUUUUAAAGUCAUUACUCUAUUGUUGCCUAAGUGAUGAUCUAGACUCCUAUGUCUUAUUUUGGAUCAUAGACGUUCUCCAGUUAGCCUAUGAGCGAGGGUGUAUAGAAAUUGCGGAUUACUUGAGUUUUUUCAUCACCUUGGUCGCACGUUUCAAAGUUUCUCCUGAAUUUGGUUCCUCUGAUUUUAAGGGCGACCCACUUUGCUAAACUUUAAAGUCAAUUACAGCUAAGAUUUACUCAUGCAUUCAACAGAUGGGUGACAAAGCUAUUGUUCUACGGUUGAUAGAGAGAUUGAUUAUUGAUCAGAUAUCACAAAAGCCUUCCUUGGAUAAUAGAUGCUCUCUCCUGAGAAUGGUUGUUUCAGUGGAUUCGAAGCCCACACUACUUUCUGAACAAAGCAUUGCCACUCUAGGCCAUCAUCUUUCGGAAUAUCUGAUAGAUGUUGUGCAGUGUGUUCCAGAAGAUGAUGGACAAAGAACUCCUUCCUUUCCAUUCAGCUUCCGGUGUUAUUAUACUGUACCUUGUUUUUUGAUGUUGGACCGGUGCCAUGAACUUAUGAAUCUUGUGUUGAAGAAAUUGGGAUCGGUUAUAUAUGAUAGUAGCGUUUUACUAAAAUCUGACAAAUGUAGUCAAGAUGUAAGGAACUGCUUGAAUAAGGUGAGUGCUGUCACUUCUGCUCUUUCCUUGUUGCACGGGGAUCCUCAAAUACGACGGAUUAUGUCUCUAUACAAGAAAAAUAUUGAUAACGUCA